AUGAUCAUCCUUCAAAAUUACCUGAAUGUUUUUUUCUCUCUGUCUCUGCUGGGCAGCCCGGGUGCUGCUAAAGCGGAAGCGCCUAGGUUCAGCCUAUGGGGGGAAGUGGCUGAUUUCACUGCGGGAUGCAGCCACUGGACACUAAAGCGUCAGAUCACCAUCCCCGCCCUGCAAGAGCUCACAGUCUGCUUCUACCUGAAUCUAGAGGAGACCAUAGGUUCCUCACCAUGGACCGCCUUUAUGUACCGACAUCCAAUGGCACAGUAUGCUGAGCUGGGGCUGGGGUUUAAGGCGGGUCAUUUAGUGGUCUGGUUGUUUGGCGUGGAGUGGAGGACCCAGAAGAUCAACCUCCUUGAGUCACAGUGGUACCCACUAUGCCUGACCUGGUCACAUACAAAAGACAGACCUGCCUUAUACCUUAAAGGGACCCUGCUGAACCUCACGGCAGUUCUCUAUGGAGCUACUUUUACCUCCUCCUCAUGCUCCACACUGGCCCCCGAUGGAUCGCUCACUCUGGGAUCAGGACACUUCAUUGUAAACGACAACAUACAGAUCAUUCCUUUUACCGGUGUGUCGGGAAAACUCUCUCUGUUCCGGAUGUGGGGGAGAGAACGCAGCAGCAAGGAAGUGGCAUCAAUGAACUGUACAGAGGGGGAUGUUGUGAAGUGGGAGAGAGACAACUGGGACACUCAGAUCUGUGCUCCACUCCAAGAUCCCAGCCUGAAUUGCACAUGGUCCAUUUACCAAGUGAAACUGAUAAUUACUAUUAUUCGUCAGGAUGGGAACAAAACUGAGCUCUACACAGCCAGAGACAUCGCACAUCAAUGGCUCAGAAAGGAGCUGCCGAGCGACAUCUAUUUACACAUAGUAUCUGUGUUUGAACUGUCCAGAUCCAAUACAGAAGACCUCGUAAAAACACCAUAUGAAGACCAGCUGAUGCGGUUCGGUCCCUCCAGUAGCAACAGUUUUCGCUGCCACGUAUACGUGAAUGUCAUCCCUGCCUUGGAUGUGGCAUAUGUGCAGUCUCUAAUAGCCACGAGGCUUAAAAAUCCCUACAACGACUCCAGUGGUUUGCUACAGCUGCAAGCAGAUGCAGAAAACAUACACACCACGCCUGUCGAUGGUUUCUUAGUUGACACCAGCAGCCCCAGUACGAUGACACAGCCUUCUCCUGUGACAAAUAUUACCACUACGACCACAAUACCAUCCUCCACGUCCUUUUCUACCACCGACUUUAGACCCCCAACCACGAGCAUCAUCACAAGUACAAGUACUACUACCGUGGCCACGGCCAUGACCAUUGCCACACACCCUGAAAAUGUUUCCGAACUGUAUUUUCAGGUUAAGGUGAACGUGUCCAUAACAGGCGGUUGUGACACAGAACAGAUCCUUAGGUCCUGGCUCAACAAUAGCCUACCAAACAACUUCAUGACAGUGCUUGAAUUUCAGCUAGUCCCCAAAGCUCAAAGAAAUCAUCCUAAGCUGCAGUCAGAAUACCCUACCAGAGUAUUAGCAUACACAGUUCCGAGAAGAGAGAGCUGUAUUUUCCAGGUCCAAGUCAUGAUGCAGUCAGACAUAGAGGAAAUCGAAAACCUGAUACAAUACAUACUGCAAAAACCUUAUGAAAAUGAGUCCAUCUCCAUACGCACUGAGGACAUAGAGAUAAGCCAGAUACUGUCAUUUAAGUGCAAUGCAGAAAUCCGCCAAACCCUGAAAGGGCUGUUCGUGUGGCCUGAAACUUCAGGAGGAGAAACUGCGAAUCAAACGUGCCCAAAGAACCCUGACCACUACGCCACUCGACACUGUAAAGGCAUGCUCAAUACCCACUGGAUGGCUCCAGUGCUGGAAGACUGUGCUCCAGUGGUGGAAACCAUCCCUGACCUGUACCAUGUCAGUGUAACUGCCGAUAGUGCUCGGGAUGUGGUAGAUAUGAUUGAAGUUUUACUGAGUAACCACUCCACACUCAACUAUGAGGAACUGGCGAUAGUCCUCAACAAGCUGCAGGACAUCAUUAACGUCAGUGUGGUCACACCAGAGCUGGGCCAAGCUCUUCUCAACAUUAUUUCAAACAUACUGAAAUCUGAGAGCAACCUGGUGCCUUUUACUAACAACAUCCUGAAUAUUACAGAAGCAAUGGGAGACAGGAUAGUGGGUUAUGAGGGUUUCUCCACCCUGGUCGCUCCAGCCAUCGGCAUCACAGUGGUGGAUGUAGUUCCUGGAGAGUUUAACAGUUUAAUGAUUGGAGUGGCGUCUGAUGCAACUGGCAAAAAACCAGAGAUUUUUAUCAACAGGUAUCCCCUCAACAGCACACUGGCUUUCAUCUCCCUCCCAUCUGCGCUGCAGCACUGCUUCCCCCAACGGGGCCCAGACCAGACCCCACCGAGAAUACAGUUUCAGUUCUACGCCAUUGCAUCGCUCUUUAAGGGGACACAAAUGGAUCAGACACUCAACACUUUUGUGGUGGCAGCCAGUGUGACCAACGCCAGCUGUCCAAUCAAAGACCUGGAAGAAGAUAUUGAAGUCACACUCCAACAUCUCAUACCAAACACACCUUACAAGCAGGUCGAGUGUGUGUACUGGAACUUCAAUAAAAACAAUGGACAAGGAGGCUGGGACAAUUAUGGAUGUCGGAAAUACAACAGCAGCUCUUACUACACAACCUGCCUGUGUGAUCAUCUCACACACUUUGGAGUUCUUCUGGAUGUCGCCAGGACUCAGCUGGACCCUGCUAAUGAGCAGAUCCUGACCAUUAUCACCUAUCUUGGUUGUGGAGUCUCGUCACUCUUCUUGGGAAUCACUGUUCUCACGUACACAGCUUUCGAAAAGCUUCGUAGAGACUACCCCUCUCAGAUUCUCCUCAACCUCUCUCUGGCCCUGCUGGGCUUGAAUCUGGUGUUUCUGGUCAACUCCUGGCUGUCCUCCUGGGGUCUGUACCCUCUCUGCGUGGCUGUGGCCUCCACCUUGCACUACUUCCUGCUUGCAUCAUUCACCUGGAUGGGAUUAGAGGCCGUUAACAUGUACUUUGCCCUUGUUAAAGUAUUCAACGCCUACGUGCCCUCUUAUAUGCUCAAGUUUUGUCUUCUGGGAUGGGGGCUUCCUCUGGUGAUUUGCAUCCUGGUGCUCAUCGUGAACAGAGAGGCCUACGGCAGUCACAUCUACACAGACACUUCUUCUUCUACCUUACAGCUGCUGGACAACUCUGAUAACUUCUGCUGGCUCCAGGACGAUGUGACAUUUUAUGUGUCUGUGGUUGCCUACGCUGUGUUCAUCUUUCUCUUCAACACAGGGGUUUUUGUGGUGGUUCUAAUCCAGAUUCGACGUAUGCGAGCCAACAGCCCGGCAGGGACCAGGAGUGGAGUCAUGCAGGACUUGAAAGGAGUUGCCAGUCUAACCUUGUUACUGGGGCUAACAUGGACUCUUGGCUUCUUUAGCUGGGGGCCAGGCAGAAUAGUUCUGCUGUACCUGUUCUCUGGACUCAACAGCCUGCAAGGACUUUUCAUAUUCUUCUUCCACUGUUUAAUGAAGGAGAACGUCAGGAAACAGUGGAGGAUUCACCUCUGCUUUGGACGUUUUCGUCUUGAGGAGCACUCUGAAUGGAGCAACUCGGCUUCGAUUGGAGCUCAGGCAAAGCCCAAAACAAAUCCUCCAGGAGCAUUAAGACCAUCAGUCGGCUCAACUAAGUCCUCCUCCACAGAAAGCACGUCAGCUUCCUCCAACUACAGCCAGCGAGAUUCAUCCUGCAAGAGACCAGACCUGGGCCUUUUUAUGAAUUCCUUGGCGCUUCCUCAAGCUCAGAGAAGCCCUUCGGGUCCAGGAGGUCCGCCUUCCUGCAGAGGGGUGAGCCGAACACCUGGCUGGAGGAAUCACAUGCUUCACCAGCAAGAAUAAAAGAGCGCAACAUAUUAACUACCACUAAAAAAAAAAAAGGAAAAAAAAAAGUUUGGGUCACUCAGAUUUGUCUUAGUGUUUAUCGUGUUUAAUUAUUGUAGCUGUAAAAAAAAACCCAAAAAACGAUUUGUGUGUCUGCAGCACCAAUCUGUGUGAAUGACGUUGUUUUGUUUUUUUUAUUCUGAAACUUUCCAGAGUGGACAUAUUUUACAAAAUGAAGGUUAUUCCAUGAGGGUAAGCGUAAAAAAACAAAAACAAAACUGAAACAAAAAACAAGACCCAGAAGUUUCCACAGUUCCUUUCCUAACCAGCACAAUACGGCACUUGCGGGUAACAUUUAAUGAAGCUGCCUGCUGAUGAUCUGUUACUCAGUCUAAGGACUGUGAUGCUCUUCUGCUCUUGAUCAGCUGAGUACUGUUGCCUCUUUUUUUUUUUUUUCCUCCUUCGUGCUGUUCUGAGAAUGAAGGCGAGCACAUCGUCGUACAAAAUCUUCAGUUAUUUGACAUCUUCCCACAUGGACUAAAUUAUUAGAACCCCAACAGAGAAAUGUUUCAGAAGAAAGUUUGUUUAUUUGAGACUAUAACCCAACCCAAAGGCUGAUACUGUACACACAUAACUAGUCAGAUAAAUCAGUGUUUUAACCAGCAUAACCAAUUUCUGCUGUGCAAAUUAUUUUUCUAAUGAUCGUUUUAAAUUAUAUACAUGUAGGUAACCCAGCAUGCCACUGGACCACAGAAACAAAGUGUAUUUAGUUAUUCCAUUAAAAUCCUCAAUAAUCUAAAAUAAAUAAAUGUCAUUCAGAAUUCUUCUCUGCCUAAAUGUUAUUUUAGAUUAAAAAAAUUAAAACAGAUAUGCUUUUAUUUCAGAAACAGGCACACUGGAAAGUGAUCCCAAAGUUUUAAGCAGCUGUUAUAUACCACAGCUACACACAGUCUAAGCAUAGUGUACUUUAAUUCAGGAUAACCACAGAUGCAAUCCAUGCGAUUGCAGACCAAAUUAAACUGCAAGCAUCGCUGUAUUCCACCUUCAUCAGAUAUUGUUUUUCAUGCAAUUCUAUUGUUUUUGUUUUUGCUAAAUAUUGUAAAAGAGCCUGUAAUUAUGGAGACACGAGCAGUUGCAUCAGUUCCAAGGAGGAGUUGGUUGCCAAGCAACUGGUGAGUGGAGCCAUGGUGACAAUGAACCGUGGUACCACACAGUUUGUGUGAGAAAAAAAAAAAUUAAGUAUUAAAUUUAAGAUGACAGAAGUCUCACUGUGUUCAUCUUUAUCCUAAUUUCUUUUGCCAGAAACUGCUUUCAAACCAAACAACUCCACAAUCAUCCCUCAAUCAGCGCACAGACGGAAAGAUCACCACACGUUAUUUUUUCCGUGGCUGCGAGUGCCAUUUUGUUCGUGUAAAUUCUGACACCUUUGUUCUGAUCAACAUAUGAUGUUUCUGAAUAAUCAGUCUAAUUAUGGACGUCUCUGCUGCUCAUUUUAGAGAGCCCACGGAAACAAGUGUUUUUAAACUAGCGCAGUCGCUGUAUGCUUUAAUCAUGCAGCUGCCAUUCUUUGAGACGGGCUUGUAGCAAUGUGGAGUCACAACUUAUCCAUCUCUCAGCACGAUGUGUGAGAGCUUACUAAGGAUAUUUUUGUUUUAUAUUGCCUGUCUCACCUUUGC